AUGUCUACUGAACAAGUCGCCCAAUCUAACCUUUUCAAGCCAAUCAGGCUUAACAAAAACGUCGAGCUCUCUCACAGAAUUGCCAUUCCUCCAUUGACCAGAGCCAGAGCCACCAAAGACCAUGUCCCAACCGAUUUGAUGGCCAAAUAUUACGAUGACCGUACUAAAACCCCAGGAUCACUUAUUGUUGCUGAAGGUACCUUUGUCUGUCCAGAAGCUGUUGGUUGGGGCCAUGCUCCAGGGAUCUGGAGUGAUCGUCAAGUUAAGGCUUGGAAACAAAUCAAUGACAAGGUCCACGCCAACAAAAGUUUCAUCUCCUGUCAAUUGUGGAACUUGGGACGUCAAGCUGACCCAGUUUUACUUAAAGAAGUCGGUAUUGCUUACAAGAGUGCAUCUGACGUUUACAUUGACGAAGAAACCGAAAAGAAAGCCAAGGAAAUCGGUAACCCAUUGACCCCACUCACCAAGGAAGAAAUCAAGAACUACGUGGAAAACGUUUAUCCAAAUGCCGCGCAAAACGCCAUCGAAGGGGCUGGGUUUGAUUUCGUCGAAAUUCACGGUGCCCACGGUUAUAUCUUUGACCAAUUCUUCCAAGAAACUUCCAAUAAACGUACCGAUGAAUACGGCCCUCAACUGAUAGAAAACCGUUCCCGUUUCUUCUUUGAAGUUUUGGAUUCUAUCGUUGCCAGACUCGGGGGUGAUGGUUCUAAGGUCGCCGUGAGAAUCUCCCCAUGGGCCUUCUUUGGUGGUAUGGAAGGUAACACCCGUGGUAUUGAAAAAACUAAGCAAGAGUUCGGGUACAUUGUCGAACAAUUGGAACAAAGAAGACAAAAAUACGGUUUGGCUUACCUCAGUAUUGUCGAACCUCGUGUCAGUGGGGUGUUGUCCAUCGAAAAAGAUAAGGUCAUUGGUGACAACGAAUGGAUCUUUGAUCUUUUCAAAGGGGUGGUCUUACGUUCUGGUACCUACUACAGUUUCGAUAAACAAUUCACUGCUUUGCUUAAAGACGUCAAUAACAACGACCGUACCUUGAUCGGUAUUGGUAGACCAGCUAUUUCUAACCCUGAUAUCGUUGAACGUUUGAGAAACGGUUGGGAUGCUGUUUAUUACGAUAGAGACACUUUCUAUGUCCAACGUGAUGAUGGUUAUAACACUUAUGGGUUCCACGGACAAGAAGCCCCUAAGUUCUCCGAAGAACAAAAACUUUAUGCUGGUGUCCCAUUGGCUUAA